CGCUCCCAGAGAGAAGUCCCAUUCCGUCAUAUUUUCAAAGCUCAACUUGCAUCCCACUCGUGAAGCUCACGUCUGUCCCUGGCUCACCUCCUUUUGAUUGGUUUCCUUUGCAGCUCAUCUACUCUCCAGUAUCAGCAUCCAUCUCUGUGAAACUGCAGUUAACAUUCUUUUGGUUAAAUCGCUCACUGACAAGUUGCCACACACAAAAUUAUUGAGGGCAUCAUGCGGUCUUACGGAAGGCAAACCAAUGUUUGCUAUCAUGUGAGAGUAUUUCUGUAAUAUAUAAAGUGAAAAUGGACGGUGAAUCCAGCAGACUUGAUAACCAGGAGAGUAUAUUACAUGAUCAAACUCCAAGUCCGGACAAGCUACCACUCCAAUAUUUGAAAGAGAUCACAAACAGCUUCUCUGAUGAGCGAGUACUUGGUGAAGGUAGUUUUGGCGUGGUAUAUAAGGGAGUGUUACAAAAUGGAGAAAUGGUGGCUGUGAAGAAGCUUAUGGCGUUAAUGCCGGGCUUUCAGAAGCAAUUUGAGAAUGAGGUUUAUCAUCUUAUGAGGCUUAACCACCCAAACAUAGUGCGUUGUGUAGGCUAUUGCUAUGAAACACAGAAUUUUUGUUUAGAGUACAAAGGAAAAUAUGUCUUUGCUGAGACAGCUGAAAGGUUGCUUUGCUUGGAGUAUAUGGCCAAGGGAAGCCUUGAUAACUAUCUUGCAGAUGAAUCAUGUGGACUUGAUUGGCACACACGCUACAAUAUAAUUAGUGGGAUUUGCUAUGGUUUACAUUACCUUCACGAGGACUGGCAAACUAAUACUCCUAUCAUUCACUUGGACCUAAAACCAGCAAACAUAUUGCUCGAUGACAAUAUGGUACCAAAGAUUGCGGAUUUUGGUCUGUCAAGACUUUUCGGUGAACAACAAACCCGAGCUUGCACUACAACUCGUGAUGGAACAUUUGGUUACAUGGCACCAGAAUACAUACACAGAGGUAUAAUCACAACUAAGUCAGAUAUAUUCAGUUUGGGUGUGAUUAUCAUAGAGAUAAUAACGGGUCAAAAGAACUACCCUUUUGGUAAUGGAACAUCAUAUGACUUUGUUGAACUUGUACUUACAAAUUGGAGAAAUAGGUUGGAAGCGACAUCAUGCUCAUCACUAGAAACAGAUUGCCAACAAAUAAGAAGUUGCCUUGAACUGGGCCUAAGGUGCUUGGAAUCUGACCCAAUAAAAAGGCCAGCAACAAAGGAAAUUAUCGAGAAGCUUACUAGAUGGGGAGGCACCAAUGUCGAUGGUGGCAGUGAUGAAAGAUCACUAACACUCUGGAUUCCAUCUGAUCCAAGCGAGUUUCUUUGCAUCAAUCCCCGCAUGCUUCAGUUUUUCUUGGGGUUAAACAAGUGGAGCCGUUGCCUCGUACAGCUAACUAACAAGACAGAGGAGCAUGUUGCAUUUUAUUUUGGAGUUCAGAGGGCGACAACCAACUACUGCAUUGAACCGGCUAGUGCCUUUCUCUGUCCACGGUCCACAUUUACUGUCUGUGUUACAAUGGAAGAACAAAGUGAGUUACCAUCGCACUUGCAGUGUAAUGAUGAAUUCCUUGUACAGACCAUUGUAGUGCGGGCAAAUACACUCACAUCUGAGCACACAACCGUGGAUAGUUUUAACAUGUCAAUCAAUGUGGUGCACAAGGCAAACUUGACGGUUGCUUAUGUACCACCAGCCCAACCGCCGCCCCUAUUACAUGUAGGGUUGGACGAGAAAAAGACAUUAGAUCCACGACGAUUUGAAGGCUUUUCGGACCAAGAAAAUGUGGAUAUAUUGAUAAGGUGCAUAUGCCAAGAUCUCGGAUUCUCAGAUGACAGGCCUAUUGCAGCUUGUAUUGUCUACAAGUGCCUUUUACACUGGAAAUCAUUUCAAGCUGGAACGACUAAUGUUUUCGAUCGUAUUAUUGCGAGUAUGUUUAGUGCAAUAAAGGCCCAGGGCAAUGAGAGGUUAGCAUAUUGGCUCUCCAAUUCAUAUUCAUUGCUUAUGCUUAUGCAAGGAACAAUGAAAACAGCUGGAGCAGGUAGAUUCACUCCUCGGAGAUCACUUACUGCAAUAAUCCGUAUGGUAAUCGCGGUAAAGCAUCUUUCUUCUCUCCAGUUUUUACUCUUGGUACUCUGGUUUUAUAUUCUGAAAUUUCUUAAUCCAUUGCUUCUGAAAACUAAGAGAAAUCGAGAGUUUGGUGGUAGCCACUUGAUUGGAGGAAAGGGCGGUAUGCAGCAAAUUGAAGCCAAACGUCCUGCUCUGCUUUUUAAGGGGCACCUUACAGGUUUCUUUGAGAAGGUUUAUGGAAUGAUAAUAGAUAAUCUGACCAAAGAGAUAUCUCCAUUGCUUGGUUGUUGCAUCGAGGCACCAACAAUAACAUCUCAAGCACUAUUCGACCAUUGGCAACGCAUUGUGAAUAUAUUAACAGACUGCUUACUUAUUUUGAAAUCCAAUUACGUUUCAUCAUUCUUAAUCAGCAAGGUUUUCACUCGACUCUUCUCAUUUAUUGAUGUUCAGUUGUUUAAUAGUCUGCUCCUAUCCGAGUCCUGCUCAUUCAGAGAUGGAGAAUAUGUAAAGGCUGGACUAGCUAAGCUAGAACAGUGGUGCACUUAUGAGACUGAAGAGUAUGCAGGUUCUUCCUGGGAAGAAUUGAAGCACAUUAGAAAGGCUGCUAUUUUCCUUACUAUGCGUGAAAAACAAAAGAAAACAUUGAAAGAAAUCACCUGCCAUGUGUGCCCUGUCCUUAGCAUACCACAGCUAUAUCGAUUCUGCACAAUUUAUCAGGAUGGCAAAUAUGGAAACCAUAAUGUUUCACCCCUUGCUGAUGUCCUCUCGAGUAUGGAAAGUCUAAUGAUGGAAGAUGAGAAUAACACAGAGAAAUAUUCUUUGUUAUUGUACGACAAAUUAGAAAGCAAUCCAUUCUCGGUGGAGGACAUUCCGAACUCUGUGGCAGAAUUCGAGUUGAUAGAUGCCGAUAUGCCUCCUCUGAUCCGAGAGAAUCCUUGCUUCGACUUCCUAUACCGAAGAACAGACUAGCAGCUCAUUGCUGCAUGAAUGCUCCGUCAGUUGCUCCUGCUUUUACAUCAGUCUUAUGUGCCAUUCAACGCAAUAUACAGGAAGCUCCAGGUCAUUGGAUUCGCCCUCAGUGUGAUCGCUUCCUCCGAUUCACAGAUAGCAAAAAUCUUCUACUGUUCGUCGCAUCCCCAGGGAUAUUAAUUAGUGUGUCUAGAUCAUCAGCUUGCCUGCAGCGCUUCAGGGUGUAACACUCACAUUGACUACUUUCUCUUGUAUAAACUCCAGAUCGACGGGUUGUCUGAUGUUAAGGAACCUCAACAGCCUCGGCGCUUCCUGUCUCUCGCUGACCUCUGUACUCUGUUUCUAAUCCAAAGUGUGUGAUCUUCCAAGCUUUA